CUCGUUGUCCGUCUCAGUCACUCCUUCGGCUUCCCCUGGGCCUUCUUUACUCGUUGCGCACUCAGUCACUUUGCUCUAUGUACAUAAUAUACCAAACGCGAAGGCUCAUACCGUCGAUCAUAGAGCUCCGGUUCUCAUAUGCACAACACGGACUUUUAUUUCUUCUUACAACCUCACUCGUUGUGCAUAUACGGACUUGGCGGUUACUUCGAUUUCAGGAGUGACUGGUGCUAGUGCAUAUCGAAGGGAUUUCCCUGGCACCCCGUUGGGUGUCCUCGUUGGUGGGUGAUUGUUGUCACUGUUGCAGAGGGGAUGAAGGAGAGAAGGGGAGUGAGGGAUGAACGGAAUCUGGGGAAAAUUCGACGAGGAGAGUAUGAUGCCCUGGAAUAUGUGGAGAGACAACUGGUGGGGGAGGACGAGAGAAGUUGCGAGACGAGUGCCAUCGUGGGGGCGAUAAAAGCCGAGAGUGAAAGCGAGCAAGUGAAUGUUCUGUGCUUGAGACAGCAGCAGCAGCAGGAGCAUGAGCUUGAGUAUGCUGAGGAUGGCGGGGAGAGUGUGGGCGUGCUGGAGGCGGUCCGACCGGAAAUUGAAAAUGGCGCUCUAGUGGAACCGAGUGCACCCGAACCCGUCGCUAUUUCACUCGUUGCACCCGAGCACGGGGAUGAUGGCAAUAAUGAGUACACGUUGCAUCAAUUGGGAUAUCACUCUGGACAUCACAUCAUUCAUGACAGGGCCUACCUCCACCCCUCAUCCCCCGUGUACGAAGGCGUUGACAACCCGCAGGAAGAGGAGGAGCAGAGCCAUCAUCAUCAACAGCAGCAGGUCGUCUCCCUCCACCAGAAUCAUCACCACGAUCUUCAUCACUAUACGGAGCUCGGUGGGGCUGGUACGGAGGUAGCUAUUCCCGAGGGAGGGGAUAACCAGCACAGAGGGUCCGAGGCAACACUACCGUCUGAGGGAAAUCGAGUUACCAGUCACAUGCCACACAGCACAAUGUUACGGUACAGUACUGAACAACUCUCGCCAUCAUCGAGCCAGAGUCAAUCGCACAUGCCGGAUCAGCACAAUUCCCAUUUGCAUCGUCAUCUCGACGAGCACAAUAACAUUAAUACUGACGAGAGAUUGAGUGCUAUUGCAGCGGCAAUGAGAAAUUCAAGGGGUGGUGAUUUUCCCCUGGGUGUUUUAUUUCAAAAUUUAACGUCCGGUACUGGAGGCGCGAGUGACAGUGGUCAUCAUCACAUUGAUGAUGUUUUACCGGAGGAUGCUUACGUGCACCAGAUGAGGGCUGGCGAUGUAUCGCCACCAGUGAGGACGGGUAGUUCGCCGGGCUCCAGUAGAAGCCCUCACGACGAUCAGGGAAUAAAUUCACCGCAACGGCACGAGGGUGGAUACAGCCCCAGUGAUCAGGGGAGACUCCAGAAUUUCACCCAUCUCACGGCUAUGCAACCACCUGCCAACAAUGUCCAGGGGCAUAUUCUCGAGGGGGACAGGGUCUCCGAUCAGCUCUAUAUCGAUGCCAUGUAUCAUUCCGCGGGAACUCCCCAUCACCAUCAGGAACACGAACAGGGAACCACUCCACACUCGCCCAGUGGAUCGUUAAGUUCGUCACUGUAUCGCACGAUGAACGCAGUGGCCACAAUGGGCAGUGGAACAGGUGGAACUGGUGGGUAUGCGCUUCCUUACAUGAGUGCCAGCGCAGCGGAACUAGCGGGAUCGCCUCAACAACUGUGGAGUACUCAAGUUCCAACAAUAGGUUUAGGCGGUGGUCUACCAUCCCUUGCGGAGGAGUACGGUAAUAGCAAGACGACCCCCACGGCGACACACCAGACGUUACCUGCCUUCUCUCAGCCCUUUGGCAGCCGUCCCAGCUUCCGGGGGUACUCAUCAUACUCCUCACCGCAGACAACCGCGGGCACGGGCACCACAACCGCCAGUGAGGCCUCAUGGCCCUACCCCACACCCUCCAGUGAUUCUCUCUCAGCGUCAUACGGAAGCGUCGCGACGCCCGCGAGACGUCAGCCGACAAAUACCCCAAACUCCCAUUCACAAUUGAGCGCAGCUGCCAGCCUCUCAGCUAUGAACAUCGAGGCGGAAUACUUUACGGAGGGUCGUGAGUGCGUGAACUGUGGUGCGAUAUCGACCCCACUGUGGCGACGAGACGGUACGGGACAUUAUCUAUGCAACGCCUGCGGCCUCUACCACAAGAUGAACGGAAUGAAUCGGCCCCUGGUCAAGCAACCACGGCGACUGUCGGCAUCGAGACGCGUUGGAUUGUCCUGCAGCAACUGCCAGACGACAAUAACCUCUCUGUGGCGCAGAAAUACCUGUGGUGAGCCUGUUUGCAAUGCCUGCGGACUCUACUUCAAACUGCAUGCCGUCAACAGGCCGCUUUCCAUGAAGAAGGACAACAUUCAGACACGCAAAAGGAAACCCAAAGGUGGAAUGAAGUCCUCUGAUACACCGCUAUCCAAUAAUGGACUCACUUGUGCUGUUACCAUUAAGAGGAAUAACAAUAACAACAAUUUGAAAAUGGAACCUGAUAAUUACGAUCUCCGAAUGGCCCACACCAAUGUCACCCAGCCACCCUACUCAAGCUCUAUCUACGGCGAGAAUUCCCAAGUGAGCAGAAUAGUAUCAUCCUACCAAUCAAAUCCAAAUGUCUACUACGACAUGCUGGCCUCUCAGCAGCAGCAAACGCAGCAGCACCUUCUGGACUGUCACUCACCAAAGGUCGAGUGUCCCUCACCACCUCGAGGCUCACCAGGAAUGAUCUCAGCAAAUCACUCCCCCGAUCAUCACCUCACAUCUCCCCACAUCGUUAAUUUGGGUACAACAUCACCGAAUAGCACCAACACCAAGCACAUGAUGGACAAUGGGCACAUGGAGCGACCAACAGUCGUAUCAAUAUCAUCAUAAGUAUCAACAUUCCCCCGACUAGUUGUAGAUUCAGGGCCUUUUAAGAGUGAUGACUAGUUGUGAUUGAAUAGCUAUCAGAGAUAAUAUGAGAAGCUAAUUGAGAAGCAUGAGGAUCGAUUGUUAAUUGACUUCAUUCUCAAGCAGAUGAAUUUUUGUAAUUACGAUGAAUGCAGGCGAUCGUCCUCCAAGUGCCUUUGUACAUAAUUCUGUUUACGGAGAGGAGCUCAUAACGAUUGACCUGAAGUGUUGGAGCUCGAUGAUAUUGAUAAGGUUUUAUUUUCAUUAAUUUUUGAUCAGUGAUUUAUCACUCACUUAUUUACGGUUCUUCGCCAAAGAAAUGCACAGCUCCUGGUAGCACCAUACCAAAUUGACGGUUUUCCUUCUGUACAUAGCACGUUUUUUUUUUGCUAGUGUUUUUUGGAUAUUUUUAAGAUUUAUAGAAGUAGACUGUUGUUUUAAGAUAUGAGAUAUUAAAAAGGAUUUCUAGGCCGAUGGGGUGGUUGAGGAGGUUGUUUCUUUCGUGGAGGUGAGGAUCUGUUUCUUCUUUUAUAUUGUUGAUAAAUCAUUGAUGAAUAUAAAGAAUGAACAACAUUGUUUUGCAUUCUGUCGAUGAAUUGAAUUGUGAAGAGUCGACAGUUAUUUUUGAAUAAAAUGGGAUAUUUGAAAAUGUA